CUUCACUAGUAGACUGGGGUCGCCUUUUUCGUUACGAACACUGAAAACUAAAAUCCUCUUAAAUCCCAUCUCUCUCUCCCUAAUCUCUCAUUUUCAGUUUUGAUUUUCUCUUUCCCGCCCAGCUCUCUCUCCAAAUUCUUCUACAUACGAUUCUCCUCUCGUCUUCUUCGCUGUUACUGUUAACAGUUACACAAGGAGUGAUGGUGAAUCAGGAGGAGGACACUGCAAAGGAAAUCGAACUUCCAAUCACAUUUGAACAGGCACCUCUGGAUGUUGAAUUGUCAAAUGUCAUGGAUGAGGAUGUUAUGCAACAGCAAUCUGAAAUCGAAGACCCAAUACCAUUUGAUCAUGCACCUCUGGAUUGGAGAAAUAUGAGGGAUCAAAUUUUGCAACGGCAAUCUGAUAUCAAAGUCUCAAUAACAAAUGAACGUGGACCUCUGGAUAUUGAUUGGCCAAUUUUCACGGAUGAUGCAACUGAAGACCCAUUUGAUCCUGCACCUCUGGAUGCUGAUUGGUCAGAUUUCAAGGGUGAUGAAACUGAAGCCACAGUAACAUAUGAUGCAGGACCCCUGGAUGCUGAUUGGUCAAAUAUAAAGGAUGAUGAAACUGAAGUCCAUGUACCAUAUGAAACAGGACCUUUGGAUGUUGAUUGGUCAAAUUUCAUGGAUAGUGAUAUCAGGCAACAGCAAUCUGCAAUACUAGCUGCAGAAGCUGAAAAAAUUCCUUUUGUAGGUGAUAAGGAACCACUCUCUUCACUAGAAGCUGAAUAUCAAUCAGGCAGCCCAAUUUUGCUAGAGAAAAUAAAGGUUCUUAGUGAACAAUUUGAUGGAAUUAGGCGGGUGAGGGGAGAUGGUAACUGUUUCUUCCGAGCCUUUAUGUUCUCAUACUUGGAGCAUAUUUUGGUUUCACAAGAUGGAGCUGAAGUAGUUCGCAUCAAAGAAAAAGUUGAAGAGUGUAGAAAUACUCUUCGGUGUUUAGGACACCCAGAAUUAACAUUUGAAGAUUAUUUUGAGUUAUUCUUAGAACAGCUGGACGGUGUUCUUCAAGGAAAUGAUGCGCCUAUCAGCUUUGAUGAUCUUGUUGCAAGGAGUCGAGAUAAGACAAUAUCUGAUUUUAUUGUGAUGUUCUUCAGAUUCAUAACCUCUGGGGAGAUAAGAAAGCGUUCUGAGUUCUUUGAACCGUUUGUACUUGGAAUGACGAAUGGAACUGUGGAACAGUUUUGCAAGGCAUCUGUUGAACCAAUGGGUGAAGAAAGUGACCAUGUACACAUAACGGCUUUAUCAGAUACAUUGGGUGUGGCUAUUCGUGUUGAAUAUCUGGAUCAAAGCAUCGGAUAUGACAGGAAUGGCGGUGGCAUAACUGUAAAUCAUCACGAUUUCAUACCUAAUGGCAAUGAUGAUGGAGCAUCACCACCACCACCACCAGCCGAGGUUGAGCACCAGAAGCCCUUCGUUACGUUAUUGUAUCGGCCAGGUCAUUAUGAUGUUCUCUACUACAAAAACUGACAUCUCUUCUGAGUACUACUAUUACUAGUUGGUGACUUUCAGGUUUAGGACUGUGUCCUAUGUUCUGUCCUGUUUAAUACUUGACAAAACUUGUUAUGUUCUUAUAAUGGGGUAUUCUUUUUAGUUGUUGAACAAAUUUCAAGAUUUCUUA